GGCGCGUUUCGUCGGAGUCACAGAUUCCUCCCCACAAUCACCAGCAAAGUCCUGGAUAAAUUAAUUGAUUCUUGCCCUCGUCAGGUUCAACUCGGCCGGAAAACAAUCCUCGUGGUGACAGAGAAAUGAGUUGCCAUGCCGACCAUCCGCAGAGUCCAGCCGUCGGACUUGUUCCAUCUCAAUCUGUGCAACCUCGAUCCGUACACGGAAAACUAUGACCUGAACUUCUAUCUGACAUAUCUUAUGAGAUGGCCUUCGCUGUUCCAAUGCAUCGAAGAGCACGGCCAGAUUGUCGGUUAUAUCAUUGGCAAGGUCGAGACAUCGCCUGCUCACUUGCAAGGAACACCGCAUUACUUACCGUGGCAUGGCCACAUCACGGCCCUGUCGAUAGCACCACAGUAUCGGCGGCUGGGAUAUGGGAAACUUCUGAGCGAGUCCCUCGAGAAGGCUUGCAAUCAACAGGACGCCUGGUUCGUGGAUCUCUUUGUUCGGGCGAGCAACAAGAACGCCAUCAAAAUGUAUCACAGCAUGGGCUACUCGACCUACCGCACGGUGGUUAAGUACUACUCGGAUGAUCCAACUGGAGUAUCGAAGGAGGGAGAGGACGCGCUGGACAUGAGGAAACCUCUGGAUCGGGACAAGGACCGAAUUCAUGUCAGGGAAAAUGGGGAAAGCUUCAUGGUCGAUCCGGAGGAUGUCUUUUGAACGGCUGGUAUGAUGAAGAACGAAUGAGACAACACGAGUUGAAUGUUGGAUUUCCAGCCAUAUGUCGAAGAGACCACUCUCCCUCUUCCCGCGUUCGAUGCGCCUCGUACUGCCGCACCCAUAAUUCACCUGCACCUCCUACGUGAUAUAUUUUAUGUCCUCGCAAAUCUGGUCAACAUAUAACCCAAUCUGCGAGGAGUGCAAUUAGCGAUAUAAAAGAGACCUUCAUAACUGCUACCACUUCGAGUCGAGGGAUAUGUGUCCGUAAAGGUUCACAUUCUAUCGGGUUUGGCGGGCGGGGCCUUCCCCCCUCCGUUGAUGGAUGAUAUGGGCUUCGCUGCUUGCCAAAGGGUAGCAGAAGGUCUCUCAGCCUAUAUCGUCCAUCAACAAUUCACACAUAUGGUACGAUAUGCGUAUUGUGGCUUCCUCGCUUACCCUAAUGGGUAAGCUGGAAAUAUCAGAAAAUAAUUUCUGAAUAAACACAAUACCAUACAUGACUACCAUAGAAAAACAACCGGUUCCCCUGAGGCUGCUGUAAGAUUGCUCGAGAACGCUCCCCACCGGGGGGAGGACAGGAGCCGCAGCACCCACAGGCGGAACUGGUUGUAGGGGGGAAGGUAAGAUAGACGCCAUAACCUGGGAAUUCAAAUCUUUUUGUCGUUUGACCGGACUGAGCCCUUUUCUUUUUGCAAAGUCACUAAAGAGGAGAAUCAAAAUCAUAUUUUUAUCCUAAUUUCCAAGGGAGGAUAGAAUCUC